CCUACCGAGAUGGCAAGUCCUUGGAGAGCGCCGUACGUUCCUCCUUCGUCAGAGUAGCGAUCUGGUGCGCCCCUCGGCCCCGCCUUCCUCUCCUGCAGCGGCCUUUGCAACCUUCUUUUCAACAUGCAUUCAGCUAACGGCACUGUGCAGUUCUUGCCUGAGGACUUCGAUCUUCUUAGGAACCUUAUAGAGGAGGUUAUUGAGAACCGAUGCAAGAACGACACGAGCAAGGUCAUUAAGGAGCUGCGAUCUCUGCUGCAACGAGAGAACACGACCGCCAUUGAGAUCGAGGAGCCCUCCUCGGAGGACUCACUAGCGGUUGUUUACAUCGUGUUCGUCCUCAUGUUCUUCGCCGCAUCCCUCCUCGUCAUUAUCAUCAAGUACCUUCGUCGAGAGCGAGAGUCUUCGCGUCUCCAGCAGUUCUACGAAGACUACCUGCAGAACAAGUAUCCCAGCUUAGUGGUGCAUUAUGACGAGACUGGACGGCGCCUUCACCCUCAGCAAUCCUUUGAUUCCACUCGUUAUAGCAGCCCGCCGCCCACGCCCCUCGUCUCUCCUAUGGCCACGCCAUCCGUUACGCCCAUCGCAACGCCCAUGUUGACGCCGACAGACUCCCCUCUUGAAAGUCCUCUCUAAGAAGAGGAGAGAGACAGGGCCAAAUAUAAAUAGAAAAAAUAUGGCAUCGAGACAGCUAAAAAGUUUAUUUGAAUCAAAAUUAAGAUGUUUUCUGAAGGGUAUGACUUGAACAUAUAAUUGUCAUUUAUUUUUUUUUGUCUACAUAAUGAGAUAAAUAUCUGCGUGUAUUUUACAUUUAUGGAUUUGAGCUUUUGUUAUUUACGGGUGAUGCAAUGGCAGCACCAUGAAAAUAACGAAUUUGUAAAUAGUCCUUCAUACUGGUUAAUUCUUCUCUUUCAGUACAUACAAAUCUAGCCAGGGAUAUUAUAUUAUGCCUUACCAUAUGAGGGGAAAUACUUGGUUCAUACGGACAUACUCAAUAUGAAAAAAAACCUUACGUUAAUUUUUUUAUGUCAGAGGUUACAAACGUCUCUAUCACUGUCCUAUAUACCGAAAACUAACCUACAUUUUGCAUACAUGUAGGUGUUGUAUACUACAAGGAUCUUUGCUUACUGGAAUAUAGGCAUGUAUGCUGGUCGAUGUUGAAAUGUGUGACUUGCAAAUUAAUUAAUAAAUAGAUAUGUCAAUAAUGACAUCAACAUCUCAUUCACAAUAUGCAGAUAUCCGACGUCCACCUGUAUUUGCUGGGAAUACAUUUAGUCUUUUAUGUAAUUCGAUGGGUUGUUUGAUAAAAUAUCCCCUCCUACCAAAAUACUGUAUCAUAGCGCUCUAUGACCUUUAAUGCCUUGGCCAUUUAUUUAUUCAAAACAUUACAUUAAACAGUGAUUGAACAUAUUUGAUAUAUGGUACCUGUAUUUCUGUAGUGUCCAGUAUGAUUAUUUUCAGCUAUCUAAUUUCAUCCUUUUUUUGAAGAUUAGUUUAGUUUGCCUGAAUAUAAUAGGUCAGUUACCAACCAAAGAAAGUUUGAUUUA